GCUCCCUUCCACGCCACCACUUCGCGCGCCCGACUUCCCUCUUCUCCUCUCCCCCCCCCCCCCCCGCACUCCACGCAAGCCAGAGCACGCGCACGCAACCGGCCGACGGCGCCAAACAAAACGGCACGGGACGGUCAGCGAGGGACGCGAGGAAGCAGCAGUAGCAGCAGAGGGGACGGAUGGUGUUCAGCGGCGCGUGGCUGGCGGCGGCGGCGCGGGUGCCGGCGGAGCUGUGCCAGGGGCCGCCGCGGCCGGGGCAGCGGCGGCGGCUGCGGGCCGACGAGGUGCUGCGCGCGCUGCUCACGCCGCCCGCGCGGGAGCUGGAGCGCCUGGCCGAGUGCCUCUACGUCUUCUUCUGCCUGCCGCUGCCGGAGCCGGACCAGUACUACGUGCCGGCGUCCGGGCGCGGCGGCUGGAUGGCGCGCCGGCCGCCCGGCGCCGUGCUGUACAGCUACCGGAGGUCCCUCUCGCUCUCCUCCGACGGCGGCUCGUCGUCGUCCACGUGGAUGGGCGGCUCCGACGAGGAGGGGCUGUACUACUCGGACGACUAGGAAAGCAGCCGCGAUGUGCAUGUGUACUGGCGAUCGUCGUGUCGGGCUUGUGUUAGCUAGGCGGUGGUGCCGCUUUGUCCGUUCCAUUCUUUGUAGUAACUGUAUAAACGCUGUACAUAUUAGCUUGGUUGGUUGGCUUCAGCGAGAAAUCAAGACGGUUUUUCACAUUUGGUUUAUUUUUCGAUUAUUUGGUUUGAAAAGUUGAAACACUGUGUAACAGAUGGAAAUUAUGCCCGUUAGUGCAGAAAGGAAACAAAGUUGUAAACGGAGAACGUUUCUUCUCCUGUC